GAAAAGUCAUUUUAGUCUUAUAAAGAGACAAUCUGAAACAAUGAACUGUUAUGUACAAAUCUAUGCAUGACUUAAAUCAAUCAUAUUCUUCAUAAACAGAAAAAUAUAGACCUCAAAUAUUGUCUUUCAGCCCCAAUUGUAUCAACCAAUCAUAAAUCCAUCAACUUAAUGGCCGGGUCAGUUUGAUCGCUAAUCACCACUGUGUAAUGAACUUAUCCGAUACGUCGUAAAACGCCGGAAGAGAGAGUUUCAUUGAGCUGAUGUCUGUAAUGGAAAGUGUUUGUCCGUGUGUGCGGGUUUGUAUAGGAGUCUGGAAACACUCCAAGCGUUGACUCGAUGCUAUAGCAAGCAGGCAGGGACCCCCUUAUAAAAGCGGCCGGAGCCGUGCGUGUAAGCCGAGCCUAGAAACUGAACUCUGCCGUGUUUUAUUCAUGAAGAGAAACACGAGGAAGGAACAGAGGGGAAGAAUUCCUAAUGGCCAAAGACAACCCAAAUCAACCAGCGCGACCCCCCCCCCCCAAACGGUUAUAGUAUAAUGCAUUUUAGAGAAUACAAAAUAGAAGUUGACGUUAAAAAAAGAAUCAAUCAGAUCAUACAGCAUUGUUUGAAAAUAUGAAAUGUAAAAUUAUGUCUUUACUUUGUAGGUUCAUGUUUAGUUUUUCUGCUCCCUGUUUUUUGUUAACGGAAAUAUGAUAUUCUGCAUCUUUACUAUAGUUUUUAUGUACAAAGAUAACGUUACUCCCAACACAGUAACAGUCCGAAGGUGUUUGCAAACAGUUGAAUGAACUUUAAAUCGUUCUCAGUGUUCAUAUUUUUGUAUUCUCACUCGUCUCUCUUACCCUUUCUAAAUGCCUUGUAGUAACUUGAUCUAAGUAUCUCUGCUCGGCGGUGAAGGGCCCCAAUAAUAGAGGCCAAGCGUAGACAAUAGGCUCUUGAGAUGUGCUCCACAAAUGCACAUUAAACUCCUCACAUGUGUUUUCAAAGCCGGGCUGAAGGACAGCGGCGCUGCCUGAUGUACGGCUUUCAACAUGCCAUGAAGAUGGUUUAAUAUUUCGUCAUUCUAAUGGUCACUUAUUUGAUCAUUUGUGUGCAUAGGGAUGUAAUACCUUUCUGGUUUAAAAUCAACUUUGAAAGAAAAUAUUUUUUCAGUGUUUACAAUGGAAGUCAAUUGAGGCCCAUGUUGUUUGGUUACCAACAUUCUUCAAAAUAUUUUUUGUGUUAUGCUAAAUGAAGCACAGGUUUGUAAUGACAUUAGGGUGAAUAAAUUAUGAAAAAUGCUUUGGGUGAUCUAUCCCUUUAAUAUCACCUUGCAAAACGUUUUGACAACAAUACUCACAAAUCUAAUCAUAACUGUUCUGUACGGUAAAAUAUGCAAAUAGUUAUGACAUCAUGGCCGAAUACACCUUGGGGAUUACUCUUUUUCCAUUCCGAUAUAACUACUUAACAACAAUUGGCAAAAAUGUGUUCAACUUCGCAUCUCAAUUCAUUUAUUCACUGCUGAUAAAACCAUAGCCGUCACACCGCAGGAAUGUGACACUGAAGACUCGAAACGUUACGUAAUCCACAGGAUUGGGUUUCCGAUUUAAAACUGUCAAACCCUGGUUUUAUUUGCGCAGAGGGCUCGAGAGACCUGACACAAGGCGACGGGGAGGAGAGACAAAACUUUAACUUUAAAAACUAGAAAGUGCAUUUUGAAGAGAACAAAGGCCGAGAGCACCAGAGUGUGUUUUGAGUGUGCAGAUCUGUGGGUGUGUGUGUGUUGUGCGUCAUAGGGGAGGUGUGCUGUGGCGAGAUGUGGAGACUAGUCAGUUCGGCUCUGCAGAGUAAAGGGCCACAUGACUCUGGCUUUUCUUGAAUUGUGCUUUUCUUAAAAACUCGAGCAGAGCGACUAUGAACCUGCACCUGCAGAUGCGUAUAGAAUGACAGAACGGCAGAUGGCUUCUACUGAAAGGAGCCUACGUAUCCAAGCUGAUGACAACCUGAAGUCUAUGAUCGUGGGUACGGUGAUGAGAAAAAUCAAGUCUCGCACGUGGAAGAAGCAACGUUACUUCAGACUACAAGACGACUGCAUGACUAUCUGGUACAAGAGCAAGAAGGCAGGGAAUGCUCACUCCACCUUUUCUGUAAGUGAUGUGGAGGCCGUACGAGAAGGGCACCAAUCAGAAGUUCUUCUCAGCAUCGCCGAUGAGUUCCCACCAGACCGCUGCUUCACCCUGGUUUUUCGUGGUCGUCGUGGCAACUUAGACCUUGUGGCCGAAUCAGCCGAAGAGGCGCAAUCUUGGAUUAAAGGGAUACGCAAACUCAUCGAUAACCUAGAGAACAUGGGGCAGAGAGAGAAACUAGACCAAUGGAUCUGCGAUUGGUUUAAAAAAGCAGACAAAAACAGAGACGGGCAAAUGAACUUUAAGGAGGUCCGAGAUCUGUUGAAGAUGAUGAACGUUGACAUGAACGAGCAUCACACCUUGCGCCUCUUUACGAUGGCCGACAAGUCUCAGUCAGGUACGCUCGAAGACGAUGAGUUUGUGCUGUUCUAUAAGAUGUUAACUCAGCGAGAAGACGUCCUGCGAGUGUUUCAGGAAUAUUCAGGUGACAGGCAAAAACUCACGCUCCAAGAUCUGGUAGACUUCCAACGGGAGGAACAGCUACACGAGGAUGGUGUUCAACAGUACGCCCUUGAACUCAUCAAACGCUAUGAACCAUCGGACACGGCUAAAAUGUUGCACGUAAUGACAAUCGAUGGUUUCCUGAUGUACUUGAGCUCAACGGAAGGCUCCAUCUUCAACCCUGCUAUGUUGGAACUCUAUCAGGACAUGACCCAACCUCUCUCCCAUUACUUCAUAUCUUCUUCUCAUAACACGUACCUCCUGGAAGACCAAAUCAGAGGACAAAGCAGCGUGGAAGGCUAUAUACGAGCACUAAAACGUGGCUGUCGAUGUGUGGAAGUGGACUGCUGGGACGGCCCAAACGGAGAGCCAAUUGUCUACCACGGGCACACGUUCACUUCGAAGAUCUUCUUCAAGGAUGUGGUCUCCGUGCUGAGCAACUAUGCGUUUAAAACAUCACAGUACCCCGUCAUCCUGUCCAUUGAGAACCACUGCAGUGUAGAGCAGCAGAAAGUCAUGGCCCAACACCUCACUCAGAUCCUGGGAGACCAGCUGCUCACAAGCACCUUAGAUGGAAUGACUCCCAUCAGCCUCCCGUCCCCUGUGGAUCUGAAAGGGAAGAUUUUGUUGAAAGGAAAGAAGAUAGGAGGAUUAGAGGACAAAAUGAAUGGGAUGGUGGACGACCCUUUGACAAGAGAGGUGAGCGAUGAAGAGGAGGCGGCUGAAAUUGAUGACGAGCAUCAUCGCAACAACAGCAUACGACACAGAAGCAAGAAAUCCAAGCAGGGUCUGUCUAAGGAGCUCUCAGACUGUGUGGUGUACUGCAAGAGCGUCCACUUCAGCGGCUUUAAACAUUCACGAAUCCACUCCAAGUUUUACGAGAUCUCCUCCUUCACAGAGUCUAAAGCCCGGAAACACAUGCGGGAGGCAGGAGCUGAAUUUGUUCUUCAUAAUGCUCGUCAGUUGAGUCGGGUUUACCCCAGCGGCCUGAGGACUGACUCGUCCAACUUUAACCCACAGGACAUGUGGAAUGUAGGGUGCCAAAUCGUUGCUCUGAACUUUCAGACUGCAGGGGUAGAGAUGGAUCUAAACGACGGUUUGUUCAGUCAGAACGGGCGCUGCGGCUAUGUGCUGAAACCGGCUUUCAUGCGCAACACCGAAAAGAGGUUUGACCUGGAAACCCCACAAAACCGAGACGGAUACCAACCGCUUAGUUUGUACAUACAGGUAAUCAGCGGCCAGCAACUGCCCAAAGUGAAUAUCAAGGAGGGCUCGAUCGUUGACCCACUCGUUCGGGUGGAAAUUCACGGCGUGUCACUGGACCAGGCCAAGCAGGAAACCAGAUACAUUGACAACAACGGUUUUAAUCCAGUAUGGUAUGACACCCUUCAGUUUAACAUUCACGUGCCUGAGCUUGCUCUGGUUAGGUUUGUCGUGGAAGACUACGACAAAACAUCAAAGAACGACUUUGUGGGCCAGUUCACGCUCCCUUUCACCUGCAUUCAGCCAGGAUAUCGUCACAUCCAUCUCCUUUCUAAAGACGGCACGAGCAUCGCUCCCGCAUCCCUGUUUGUUCACAUCCGGAUAACGAAAGUGACGUAAAACGAAUGUCACUUAUUUUACGUUAAGCAUUUUAAAGUGACACGCACAAAAUGUUCAAAAAUCAACAAUGGAGCAAUAUCAAGUCUUCCCAGUUGCACAAUCACUUAUUUCAGAACGCUUGUCAUAUUAAACUAAUUAAUUCCAAGCCAAAUAUUUUUUUAGUUAUUUAACAACUUUUAUUGUUCGUUAUAAAGAUUUGUGUGACUGUAGUUAAAGGAGCUUAAGUGUAUCUAAAGGGCGAUUUAUGGUUCUGCGUCAGACCUACGCCAUAGCCUACGCAGAGCCGCGUACCCUAUGCCGUAGCCUGACGCCCACCUCUCCAAAAAUGUAAAAACGCGUCAACUCAACGCGGAUCCAACGCAGACCUCAAGCACUGUGAUUGGUCUGCUUGAACCCCCUCCCUUCAGGUAAAAAAACUCUGUGAUAGUGUCGGGUUUACUCAUACGCAUUUCCGAAUUAAUUAUCUUAAUAAAUUACGUGUUUUUGUAUUUAACAACUCAAGCUGCAAAAGUGACAGUUUACGUGCCGCUAUCACUGCUAAAUGCUUCUCAGACAGCGUACACUACGAACCGCUUAUACUUCGGCUCUUGUCUUGGUUACACAAGCAACACGCCUUUGGACACUGACGCCUCCCAGAUAGCACAAUCCAUCUGGUUUAAGUCUAU